UUCAGUCAAGUUAGUGUGAAACACAGAAUUAUGAGUGAUUUCUCCAGUGAUUUUGCACGAUCUUAGUGCCUGAAUUCCAGGACGCUAUGAAUUCCUUAAGGAAAAAGGUUGGAAACUUCAUUGCUGGUAAUGAAACCAGCCAGACUCAACAGACAGACCAACAAGCUAAAGGCAAACACACUCCUCUUCCUGAAGAUCAAUAUCCAUUUCCAGGAAUAAGAUACAGCCUUCAUUUUGUUACUGUUGAUGUCACAACAAUUGGUCAAACCACAUUUGGCCUUGUCACUGGAAAGACAAGUGUCUCCUCUGAUGUGACCAGUAAGUAUGCCAAGCUUGGUGAACCUUAUCAGCAAGGAUUUAUUCUUGAAACAUUUAAGGCAGUUCCUGGAAUUGGAAAGAUUGGCUGGAAUGCAAGUGAAACUCCAUAUCAAGGAGUCUUCUCAAGGCCAAUGGGUGCUCCAGUUUACCACUCAUGGCAACUGUUGGUGGUAAAAUCAAGCAUCCAGACAGUGGAACGAGCAGGACUGUUGGAUCAGCUGUCAGGGCGUGGCAAUGAUGUUACUAAUCAGUCAGGAAUCAUUGCAUGUAUUGCUCAAUAUUGCAGGCAAGGCGGGCGUUUAGCAAGUGUUGAACUAACUGGACAGAAACAAAGUCAAGGAGUAUUAGCAAAUGUUGGUGGUAAAAGAGACGUGUUUGGCUGUGAUGUGUUCUUUAACAUGCCAAUGCACACAAACCCUACACUGUACACGUACCAACUUGUUAAUGUUCCUGUUCAAAUAAUGUACCUCGGUCCUGGAAAGCUGGUUAAAGUCACUUGUGACUGGAUGGCACACUUUACACAAUACUUACAACAGGGAUGGAAACUGGUGGAUAUCUUUUGGGAUCAGGGAAAAAGAAGUCAUGGCGACUUUUCCCUUUCUGGAGAUCACAAUUCAGUGUGGUUUUUUGAAAAAGAGUCUACCAAAAUGACAGACCUUAGUCCAGUUUACCAAGGCACGGUUAUUGAGUACCAGCACACAGUAAAGCUGGGCUUUUUUGAAACCAAAGCCAAAGGAGAUUGGACACCCAUGAUAACAGAAAUGGGCAACAGAGGCUGGGAGCUGGCUUGCAUGUUGGAGACUCCAGAGGUUACAAAAAUAGGCCUUGGAAACAUGACAUUCAAAGUGUUAUUUUUCUUUCAAAGACGUUUGGUGCCACCUGGGUGCUAUCCCACAGCUACUCCUCAGGGAAUUCCUGGUCGCUAUGGGCCUCCUCAGGCCCCUUAUGUCCCACCCCCUGGGGCACAGUACCCCAUGACUGGGCAAGCAGCAGGGUACUACCCUCCUCAGGGGCAAGCUGCUUGUCCUCCAAUGGGUGGAUACCCAAACUAUGCGCCUCCACCAUACAGUGCGGCACCUGAACCAAGUGCACCCCCUCUGCCUGAGAAGCAGUAACUGCCAUAAUUUGUAUUGGUUUAGAAAUGUAAGGUUUAUGUGACAAGGUGCAGAAUAUUAUUAGUACUAGGUACUAUCUCAAGCUUAAGCAUUUAUCUUUUUUUAUCAAUUUUAACAUAAAUUUGGAAUGUCUUUUAGUUGAAGUUGCUUUGAAGUCAGGAUAUGAAUAUGGCUAACUCUGAGCUAAGGCUUAAGUGUCAAACUCUGCUCCUGUAAUGACGGGAAAAAUUUGUUUGAAAGUUGCUUGUUGAUCUCUUUAUUGAACCAUUGGUAUUUUAUAAAACCAUAGUCAAGUAGUUCAAAACUCAUGGGCACUCAUUUCUGGUUUACUUUUUAAAUACAAAAUUUAUGUGUCAACGUUUUACAACCUCGUUUCUGCUCUUUGCUAGUAAAUGCUUCCAGCAGUGUUUCAAAUGUCACAAAGAACAUGACUGCAGAAAUGAACCAUAUUUUUACCUUUGGAUUGGAUAACCUGGAAUAAAAAAUCAAACAGA